AUGGAAACUAUUGAAAAAAAACAAUAUAAUAGCUCAAAUGAAAAUGAUAAUACUUAUCAAGAUAACACAACAGAUGAUGAAGAAAGAAAAAGAAAAAGAUUAAUAGAAAAAAAAAGAAAAAUACAAUAUGAAAAGGAAAGGGGGAAAUAUCGAGAAAAAAAUAAAGAGAGAGAAGAAGAGGAGGAACACACCAAAUAUAAUGAAAAAAAACGUCAUAGAGAAAGAGAAAAACGAAUGAAAUAUGAAGAAAUGAAAAGAAAAAAACGAGAAGAAGAUACAAAUAGCGAUAGUAGUAGUAGUAGUGAUGAUAGAAGUAGUAGUAAUGAGUCAGAUAUCAAGGAUAAAAAAGAAUAUAUCGAAAAAAUGGAAAAACUGAGAAGAGAACGAAGAAGAGACAGAAGCAGGGACAGAAUCAGGGACAGAAGUAGAAACAGAAGUAGAGACAGAAGCAGAGACAGAGGCAGAGAUAAAUACAAACUUCGUGGAACAUAUACUAAUGUAGAAGUUCGUAUAAAGAGUAGUAAACAUAGGAAUAUAAGUUCAGAUGAUGAAAAAAUAAAAGAAAAUAAAAAACAUAAGAGGAGAGAAAGGGAUGAUAAUAAAACUAAAGAUAGUAAUAGUAGUGAUGAUUCUGAAGAGGAAAAAAAAAGUCGAGAAAUGAACGAAAAAAAAAGUCGAGAAAUGAACGAAAAAAAAAAAACCAUUGAAAAGAGGGAAGAAGAUGAAGAUGAAGAUGAAAAUGAAAGCGAAAAUAAGAAUGAAAAUAAAAAUAAAAAUGAAAAUAAAAAUAAAAGCGAAAGCGACGAUAGCAAUGAAGAAUCAGACCAAAGUAGCGUUAGAAGCAGUAGUGAGAGUGGAAGAGAACGAAAAAAAAUGCGAAGUCAUAGUAGAAGCUCUUAUAGAGAAAGAAGAAGAAGAAAACAUCGAAAUUCAGAUAAAAGAUCAAGAAGAGAUAGACAUAGAAGUAGUGAAAGGAGACGAAGAAAAAGAAGAAGAGAUCGAGAACGAGAUAGAGAAAGAGAUCGAAAAUAUAAACGUAGAGAAAGAAAUUAUAAAUUUGAUUCUCCUCCUGAUUCUGAAUCAGAUAAUAAUAAUAGUGAUAAUGAUAAAAAAAAAAAAAAAAAAAGUAAUUUUUCUUCUGAAAAUACCAAUAAUAAUAUCCUUGAAAAUAAUAAUUUACUUUUAAAUGCAACGAAUACAAUUUUAAGUAAUGCUGGAAAAAUUAUACCAAAUAUAAAUUUAAAUAAUCCAUCAUCAUUACUUAAUAUAUUUGCAUCUAAUUCAAGUCAAAGUGGUGAUAAUUUAAUUAUAAACCCUGGAAACAUAUUAUUGGAAGAAAAGAAAAAUAUAACAUUGAAUAAGAAUCCAUUAAAUUUACUUUUAAAUACACAAUCUUUGCAACAAUUAUAUAAAACAGCAUUUGGAAUUCCUGAAUUAGGAUUAUCAACAAUUGAUGCAAAUGCUGAAAAAACCGCUAGAGAAUUAUAUGUUGGAAAUAUUCCACAAAAUAUAGAUAUACAAGAAAUAGUGAAAUUUUUAAAUACAUGUUUAUUAAUAUUAUAUAAUAAAGAAAAUGAAAAUGAAAAUAUAUGUUUAAAAGCAUGUAUCCGUGGAGAUACAAGAUAUGCUUUUGUUGAAUUUAGAAGUUUACAAGAUACAUCAAAUUGUAUGUUAUUAAAUGGUAUCUAUUUUUAUACUAAUAAUCUUCGUAUAGGAAGACCAAAAACGUUUCCAAUAGAAUACACAAAACUUAUUCCACCUGCUACAAUUCCUACUAUAGAUACAUAUUAUUUAUCACAAGGGUUAGUAGGAAUUAAAGCUUUUGCUAUUUUUCAUCAAAAUAAAGAUGAAAAUAAAAAUGAAUAUCAUCAUCUUCCUGUUGAUAUGAUUAAGUUACAAAAAUUAUGUGUAUCAAAUAUUUCUAAAAAUAAUGAAACAAAUAAAAUUAAAGAAUUAUUAGAAGCAUUUGGAGAUAUUCAAACUUUUGAAUUUUUUGAAGGUGAAGAAAAUUCAGAUACUUAUAUAUGCCUUGUUGAAUAUAAUAAUAUAGAAAAUGCAAUACAGGCUCAUAAAAUAUUGAAUCAAAAUACUAGUUAUAAAAUACAAUUUGAAUAUGAGAUUCUAAAUGAUCCUACAAUUAAUCAGCUUGUUAAAAAGAAAUAUAUGCAAAAUAAAAAUUCAAUUCUUUCCCAACAGAUUCCAACAAAAGUUAUUGUUUUAAGUAAAAUUGCUACUUUUGAUGAAUUAUCAAAUCCGGAAGAUUAUAAAGAAAUUUCGGAAGAUAUAAAAAUAGAAUGUGAAAAAUAUGGGUCUGUUAUCGAAGUCGUUUUGCCCAUUGUUUCGUUAGAUACUUAUAACUACCUAACUAAAAAAUCGGAGCAAGAGGAAAGCAAAAUGGAGGAAAUGGAGGAAAGGAGCGAAAGCAAACUGGAUGGAGGCGAGCCUUCUCCUUGCAAAGUUAGUGAAACUGAUGAACAAUUUAAUUCCGAUCGUGUUGAAAAAGCAGAAGCAAAUAACCAAGAUGAACAAAUUGAUAAUGUUGAAGAGCAUCCAUAUUAUGAUCUUAGUUCUAUUGGAUGCGCUUUUAUUUAUUUUGAAACUAUCGAAGGCGCAACUAAAACAAGAAAAGAACUUAGUGGUAGGAAAUUUGGAGCCAAUAUUAUCGAAGCCAAUUAUUAUAGCGAAAAAAAAUUUAUUAUGAAAAAUUUUAAAAAUGUUAAAUAUAAUUUUAAAAAAUCACAUUCUUCUCUUUUUAACUUAAACUUGAAGUUAGGGAAUUGUGCGUAUUCUGAUGGAUCUGAUGAAGACUAG